AUCUUGGAGUUCCCUGUACAAGAUUCUGUUUCCAGACUCACUGUGUCUGGCUGUUCUCAGAGCACUGUUGCCCAUUGCAGUGAGCUGAAGGGAGCUCUGGUUGGGUGUUGUUCUGACCAUGCAGUGCCACUGGUGUCCCUACAGCUGCAUGGCAGAGCAGUGCAUCAGGCUUGCUCACAGCCGGGAGGAGGACAAGCUUCACCAGCAGCCCAAGCAGGAGUGAGGAGAAGGGAAGUUUUGUGCUCUUCACAUUACAGGCAAAACCUCUUUGCAUAAACUCUGUUAACAGCUGCUUUUCUUCCUGCUGUUCAGAAUCUGGCUUGGAAAACUUGAAAUGUGAGGACUUGUUUCGAGAAGCGAAAUCCAUCAGGUUAUCAACAUCCUGCAGCAAGUCAUCACUUCAGUCUGAAGGUUUGUGGAAGAAAUAAACCCUACAUGAAAACUGAAUGUAAUUAAGCCUUGCAUUCAGGACCCUGAUGAGUGAUACACAGGGAGAAGUAGAAGAUGGUGAAUUUCACAGAGAAUGUGACUGAGAAGUGCAAUAUUAACCAUGAUAUCCACGAGACAUUAUCCCCGGUGGUGUACAUAUUUGUGUUUAUAUUAGGCUUGCCAGCUAACUGCCUGUCACUGUACUAUGGGUAUUUACAGAUCAAGGCUAAAAACGAAUUAGGGAUCUACCUUUGCAAUUUGACUAUAGCAGACCUGCUGUACAUAUUUUCUUUGCCUUUUUGGCUUCAGUAUGCUUUACAGCAUGACAACUGGACCUACGAUGAGCUGCUGUGCAAAGUUUGUGGCAUCAUCCUGUAUGAGAACAUCUACAUCAGCGUGGGCUUCCUGUGCUGCAUCUCCAUCGACCGCUACCUGGCCGUGGUGCACCCCUUCCGCUUCCAGCGCUUUCGGACCAUGAAGGCUGCUGCCAUUGUGAGCAUCAUCAUCUGGGCCAAAGAAAUCAUCACAUGCUGCUUUGUCUUUACACACGGGGAGAUCAGUAUGGAUGCUGAGAGCCACUUGGUGUGCUUUGAGCAUUACCCCAUCAAGAAAUGGGAGCACAAUGUCAAUUACUACCGCUUCUCUGCUGGCUUCCUUUUCCCCUUCUUUCUCCUGGCCUUCUCCUACUGUGGGAUUUUACGAGUUGUCCACAAGAGUCCUGGCACCCAAAAGAAGAAGAAAAUCCAAAUUAAAAGACUGGUAUCAAGUACUGUUUUCAUAUUUUUAGUCUGCUUUGGACCAUACCACAUCCUACUUGUAGUUCGUAGCUUGUUGGAGAACAACUGCUCAUUUGCUGAGAAAAUAUUUAAUGUUUACCAUAUUUCUCUCCUGUUAACUACUUUUAACUGUGUUGCUGACCCAGUAUUGUACUGUUUUUCCAGUGAAAGCACUUACCAGAACUUUGUCAAGAUGAGAGACUCUUGUCUAACAUGUUUAGGCCAUCUGAGUACUGAGACAAAGGAAUCCUAUCCACUAAACACUACUGAAACUCCCAACAGAAAACAGCAUGAACAACAGCCAGGGUUAUUACAAAUACCACUUGAUGGUGCUGGAAUGAAGGACUGCUUCACAACUAAUGCAGACAGCCUAUAGCAUUAAUCAAAAGGACCUUAAUCCUACACCUGCAGCUCUGGCUGUGUUUGUGGAUCUGUGUGAAUUAUACAUGUAUUACAACAGUGUGACCUCCAAAAGGCUUAUGAGCAAUGCUGUACAGUGAAGAUGUCUAGAGGUGCUUGGACCCUGGCAAUAGUGAGGAAAGUAUGUGCUAAGUCAGUUCAGUUAUGCUACCACUUAAAACCUGUUUGUCUUGAUGACAGCACUGACUGGAAUAAGCCAGUACUCAUGGUGUGUAGUUCUGGUGAAUUCAUCUUUAGCUACUUUCUGUUUGCCCCUGUAGCAUCUAGAGAAAAUAAUUCUCUACAAACUGUCAUCAUCUGUUGAAAAGGUUAGAGACAAAAAAAAUUAAUGUCCCCAUAUAUACUUUUAAAAAGUAAAUGCCCAACAAAACCCUUCUGCAACAUCUCUGUAACUCUCUGAAAAAAACUCCUUCUGCCGGUUUGAAAGCCUGCAGAGACCAUGUCAGAAGCAGGUUCCUAAAACAAUCAGUCUGAUAGUGCGAGACAUUAUGGGAGAACAUGCACGAGGAACUCAGCAGCUGCUGAGAGCUUCAGGCUCUUGUUUCACUGUUGAGCCUCAGACUGUUAAACCUCAUGGUAAGGCUCCUAGAGACUUCUGGAAGUAGGAGGUUGGGCUCCAGUGGGUGGCAAUAACUUGGUUUGUUGACUUGGAAGAGAACAAGAAGUUGACAGUACGCGAGGCACUUUGACCCCAUGUGCUUCUCUGAGUCACUGUGUUCAAGAAUAUUUAUUUACAUCUAAAUUCUGCUACACCUUGCUAAGGUUUUGAUUGUGUCCUUUGCAGCUUGUGUAUCUUGUGCAGCACAGACCAUGCAGGCAAUCAAAUAACAAUGCAUUUGUCAGGGAAACUGUUGAAUGAAUUCUGUUUAAACCAUGGUUUUGCCCACAGAUAACAUAGUUUAGGGUUGGAUCAUUGUUCAGUAAAUACAGUAUCAGAAAUAUGAUGUAUGAAUGAUCUGUGUCCUGGUUUAGACAGAAACAAAAUAUAGGAGUAAGUGGAGAAGAAUGGCUUUUAAAGACCUGGGAGUUGUGCUCCACAGUAUUGUUUCUACCACCACCCCCUCUCUGUGUUUCUUAGGGUUUUUUUGUUACACUAAUGAUUCCUGUGUGAUUCUUCUUUGUGAUCUGCUCAUCACACCUCCUUUUGCCUGCAGCUGUUACACCAUGAAUAUUGCCUUGUCCUUUCGAUUCUCUGGUUUCAAACCUUCCUUGAAACACCUCUCUCUCUGCAACCCAGGGCUGAUAACUUCCAGCAGUAUAAUCAGUUUUGUUUGGUUUGCGUUUGAGUCAAAAGACUGUCUAGACAGAUGGUCUACUGCUAUCUGAAUAUGUCAUUGUAACACAGCCUUGCUAGUAAUCAGAUUCCAGAAGGAAUGUAUUCUAACAGUUUUCUGGAAACCACCUUGAGAGUGCAAUAUUGGAUAUAAUUAGUGAAUGUGUUUAAUAAAGAAUGUUUUUAUAA